GUUUAAAACUAAAAUGAAGAAAGUAAUAGCAGCAAGGAAAUGAUAAUAAAUGUAUUAAAUUGUCAAUAAUAGAUGUUAGAUAUUACAAUUCAAAAACUUGCACUCCUUAGUUACUUGUCCAAAACUUCACCUACAAAGGCCUGAAACCUUAUAAACGAAUCACUUCCACAUUGCUUUUAUUUGAACCAAACUCCAAACAAUUCAGCCAUGGAAGCAGUGCAUCCUGAUUUCAUACAAGCCCCUGAACACCGGCCUAAACCCGAUGUCACUGAAGCUGAAGGCAUCCCGUUAAUCGAUCUUUCCCCGGUGAACUCCCCAGAAUCUGAUGCAGACGCCCUGGCACGUCUAGUGGCUCAAAUUGGUGAUGCAUGCAAGAACUGGGGAUUUUUCCAGGUGAUCAACCAUGGAGUGCCUUCACACGUUCGUGAAAGAAUUGAACUAGCCUCCAAGGAAUUCUUUGCUCUGCCGAAGGAGGAGAAGAAGAAGGUGAGCCGAAAUGAGAUCAACCUUUUCGGUUAUUCUGACUUUGAGAUUACUAAGAGCGUCAGGGACUGGAAGGAGGUUUUCGAUUGUACAAUAGAGAAUCCGACCGUUAUAUAUGCUUCGGAUGAGCCUGAUGACAAGGAGCUGAAAGAGUUGACUAAUCAGUGGCCUGAGUACCCUCCUGAGUUAAGGGAGGUAUGCGAAGAUUACGCUGCAGAAAUGCAAAAACUGACUUACAAGUUACUGGCACUCAUAGCCUUGAGCUUAGGACUGCCAAAAGACCGGUUACAUGGCUUCUUUAAGAACCAGACGAGCUUCAUGCGGCUAAACUACUAUCCCCCUUGCCCUGCUCCUCAACUAGCCCUUGGUCUUGGGAGACACAAGGACGCUGGUGCAAUGACAAUCUUGGCUCAAGAUGAUGUUGGAGGGCUUGAAGUGAAGAGGAAAUCAGAUGGAGAGUGGAUCUUUGUCAAACCUACUCCUGAUGCUUACAUUGUCAACGUCGGUGACCUAAUCCAGGUUUGGAGCAAUGAUACGUAUGAGAGUGUGGAGCACAGGGUGACUGUCAAUUCUCAGAAGGAAAGAUUUUCAAUUCCAUUCUUCAUCAAUCCUUCCCAUUCCGUGUGGGUGGAGCCCCUGGCGGAGUUGGUCGAUGAGCAAACUCCUGCAAAGUACAAAGGAUAUAGCUGGGGAAAGUUUUAUGCAACCCGAAAGCUUAGCAAUUUCAAGAAACUUACCACUGAAAACAUUCAAGUACAUCACUUCAAGCUUUAGAAGACUUGUCUGAAUCAGUGAUUGUUAUCAGUAUGCGUAAAUAAUAAGUAACAGCUCUGGCUUUCUUCGGUUGUCAAGCUUUUGUCUAAGCUCUUCAGAAAGAUUUCAUGAUUGGAACAAGAAGAAGCUUUAGUUGAGAAUGUAUCUAUGUGUUUUCUUGUGUUUGGUUUCUUACUGGUUCUUUUUUCUUCCCA